AUGACUCUUCCCUACUGUUGCCACAUCGGUAGUCAGAUCGACGUAGAAUUUAACUCACCUUCCGGUUUACCUAAGUGGGUCUUAAACUCAUUUAGGCACCCGAAGGUUCCUGCCGAUAACUUGACUUAUAAAGACAAAGAUUUAAUGAAUUUGGAGGAUAAGGGCGGGAAACAGGAGUUGGCGAUUUCCGACGUGAAGGUCGAUAAAGACCAGAGGAGCCAAGAUUCAGCGAGUUCCAACAGUUCGUCGGACACGAGGACGAACUUCGACUUGGGCCUAGAAGACGAGGCAUCGAGCUCUGACCACCGGGAAAUCAUUAAGUUUCAGCUGUCUUCCAUGAUCAACAAGUCCAUGAUAUACUACCUCACGCUGCACAACACGGACUCCAGGUGUCCCGGCCUCUUGAACUCGUCCAAGAAGCCGCUUUCAAUCAAUUCAAGCUCAAAGUACGAGAUCGUGACGGGGCUGAUAGACUGCAUAAUGAACCUGAUUUCAGCAAAGAGGAAGGGCAAGGAGGCGGUGGUGAUCACGAACGAGUACUCGGGCAUCUUCACGCCCGACGAAAUCAUGAUAACGAGGUCGAGCAUAACGUUCCGCGAGGACCUAAAGAAGCACAAAAUACCGUUCACGACAAUCUAUGACGAAAUAAGGUCGUUUCAGAAGGAGAUGCCCAAGGUCAAGAAGCCUAAGGUAGACUACUCUGACAUAAUACACUCAUACCUGAAGAACGACUACGGAGCUACGAAGAAGAGACAAAGGGCGUUCCAAUCGGCAGAACAGAGCGACCUCAAAUACAUAAACAGGAAUGACCCGAAGGCGUAUUUUUUUAACUCGAUGAACCUGCCGAAGUCGGACGACUACGACGUUAGCGUGAUGAGGGUCUCGGGGAAGGACAAUUGCACGAAGCUGCUGAACGUGCUCUACAAGUCGAACAUCGACAGCCUCCUGGGAAAAAACGCGGAAAAGCCGUGCACGGUGAGGAUGCUGCUCUCGAACUUCGCGACGCAGUUCUCGAAGAUGAACCACGCGCGCUUCGACUACUCGAACAAUAAGGGAGUCUGCAAGAUGUCUAUCAUGGGCCUGCUCACGCCGGCGGCGAUGUUGAGCACGUUCAGCGUGCUGAAGAUGCUGGAGAGCGUCCGAAUAUCGCAAAACACAACGGCGAGCGUGAAGUACAACGUCUCCUUUGACGAGGAGAUGUACGAGCGGCCGCUGCGGAUAUCCCAAAGUAAGAUCUACAAGCACUUCAUGGACAACUACUCCUCGAUCAGAAGGAACUACAAGGCCACGUACAUCGCGCUGAAGAAGCUGGUGCCGUUCAAAAAGUUCAUAGUCAGCGAAAGUAACCUGUCAAUAGCGCCAAUGCCCGGGGCCUCCGGCAGCAGAAAGCUGGCCCUGAAGAACGAAGAGAAGCUGGCCUUGGACAACAAACCGGCGUUCUCAAAGGGCACGGACUUGGCGCUGAUCGCGAAGAAGCCGGAGUCAGAAGUGGCGGUGGUGAAGGACACGCUGUACUUCAGCCUCUCGAAGACGAGGCAGGUCCUUUCGACCAUCGAAGGCAACAAUAUCGCAUUGACCCAGUCCACGCUGUCCUUCCUGAACGACUCGUUCAAGAAUGUGACUGGCGUCCGCCUGAGGGACCUGACCUACGGAGACGGAUCCAAGUGCUACGUGGACCUGUAUCCGAAUCAAGUUAAAACCAACAGAGCGGCAUCGACUGUGACCAAUGGUGCUGAGAACACGGCGGCGACCGAGGAUUUCACGACUUCGGUGCUCUCCUACGUCAUGCCGAACAACUUUUCGAACGGGAUCUGGGUUCUUUCAUACCUCCUGCACAGUUCAGGCCAAUCGCAGCUGUUUGAUAAGAAGUCGCUGGAGAACAUCACGAAGCAUGACGUUUUUAAGACUAAUUCCAACGAGUGUUUACUUGAAUCGCCACGAGAGACCGGAGAAAUCGACCUGUUUCAAUCUGUGAACUUUCCACUUGCUCAGCAGUCAUACAUCGCACCCCUGGUGGCCCACAUUAACUUCAACAAACAAUUCGCACUCGUGUUUAAAGUUACGUACUCGAGUUAUGUUAAAGGUGAGCAUCUUGCUCCCAGUCCCACUUUAGUAGUGAAUAAUGCGUCAAAGCUACAGGCAUCGCCUCCGCCACCUGAACGCGAGUUGAACUUAACCAAGGGCUGGAACAACUACUUCAAGCAGAAAUCUCUGCACAACCAUAAAGAACCAAAUUCCCCAAAUAAAACUACCACCAACGGAACGACCCCUGAUAACAUUCCCAAUAACAUCGGUAACACUGACGACUUCAUUUUAUUAAAUAGCAUAGUGGGCAUGCCAAACGUGAGCAGGAUCCUGUCCAUAAAGGGAAGCAAGUUGAACUCCAUUGUCAGAAUAGAAAGUGAAAUAAAGAGUGAUUUUGGGACUAUAAACACGAGCUUGAGGAGUUUCGGAAGAUCGCAGAUAUGCACCUUUGACUUUGAAACCACGACCAUGGAGGACAUGUUUAAUGGAACAGAUAAUAUCCUGAGGCAGUUUGAAGAAAUAAUCAACAGGACGAAGGAGGAAAGGCCACGCGACCUGACCCACUACGUGCUGCUGUUCAUGUUCAGCAAUGAGCCUUCGGUGCAGGAGUGCGUAAACCUGAAAAUGCUGAAAAACGUGCUCAACUCUAACCAGAUUAAGUUCAGUCCGAAGAUAGCGGCGCUCAACAACCUCGACUUCAAGCACCUGAACAAAACGAACGUGAACAAGUUCAUAAAGUCGUUCACAUCGAGCGGGUUCGCGUCAGGGUCUAAAAAACUCGAAAAGGAUGCGGUCUCGUACUCACUGCUGUCCUCGGACAUGAGCAUGGGCGAGAUGAGGGCAUCUCUGAACCUGGUGAGUCGGGACACUAAGUUACAGAUGAUCGGAGUGCCGCUGCUGGACGGAGGCAUAGAGCGCUUUGACCGGAGCUGCAUGAAGGUCGUGAAGGUGCUCAACACCCUGAGGUCGGAGUUCAAAAUCGGCCUCGAAUUCGUGAACCUGAGCUGGAUAUUCGAUGCGUACUUCGACGGAAUGCUGAACUUUAAAGCGAUUCCAGAACAGUACGUGCUGCCGCACCUGAAGGGGAUCCCAAACAAGUACUCGCUCCAGGACUUCUCAAUCCAGCACUUCAGGGAGGACAGCUCCUCCCAGUACAGGCAGGACAUGGACGAGCUCAGCGAGUUCAGCGGCACGCAGGCCAAGUCGUCCCAGGAGUCGAGCCUCGAGCUGCUGUCACAGCUGACGACCAACGGAACGGCCGCGGAAGCAGCCCCAGCCGGCGCACUCGUGCCACUUGAAGGCUCACAGUGCGACGGCGCAAGUCCACUCAGCUUUAAGGAGGCCUACUCCCAGGCGAAGCAGCUUUGGGGCUGGAGCGUGUACGUACUGAAGGAGGCAGAGCUGCAGAUAUCCGAGCAGGACUGUGCGCUUUACCGAAAGCACUGCGGAAUCCGGGUGAAGCCGGUCGAGUCGCUGGACGAGGUCGCCUCGGACGUGGAGAGGAGCGUGCUCGAGGCGCUCUCCAGGUUCGAAAUCAGUGCGAGCGACGUCGAGGAGCACUUUGCACGCGACAGGAUCCUCGUGAACGCGGUCGUGGUAUCAUCCGAAGGCUCGGCGCCGGCGGUCAGCGACGCGCGCUCGGCCCCCGUUGCGUCGCCUCAGGUAGGCGGCAAGAAGGUCUGCUUCGGAGCCUACGAGGGGGUCCCGGUGAUCAACUACAGAAAUACAAAUAAAAAUAAUACAAAAGAAGAGAGGUGUCAGAUGAUGGACGAGAUUCCAGUUCACUAUACACAGCACGGGUACGUUUCCAUUCCAGAGGAGCAAAUGAACAGUCCGAUUCCGCUGUACCCGAGCAACCAGUACAUCAUUCAGAGCGUUGGCCACGAGCCAAUGACUGCACACUACAUGGAUGGAAUGGAGCCGGCGUACAUCUGCAACUACCCGGCAUACGAGGCUGGAGUGCCCAUCAACACGUCGAUCCAGCAGUACAAACAGUCACCUUUCCACUCUAUUGCGUCGUACGAGAUGUCGAGGCCGGAAUCCAAAGCAAUGUGCAACGCAGCCACCGAACAGAGAGACGCUAGCAGGCUCCAAAAGGGCAAAAAGAGCCCCGGAAAGACCACACAUCGUCAGAAAAGGAACUUCCUAUGCUGUUAA